AUGGGUUUCUGGAAGUUCUCCCCCUUCCUGGCUCUCAGCUUGGUCCUGUACCAGGUGGGCUUCCUCCAGGCAGCGCCACUCAGGGCUGCCUUGGAGAGCCGCUCUAACGCUGCUACCAGCUCUGAGGACGAAUCACGUCAUCUGCUGGCUGCACUGGUGAAGGAUUAUGUCCGGAUGAAGGCCCAGGAGCUGGGGCAGGAGACCGAGGGCUCCAGCCUGGACAGCCCCAGAGCUAAGCGGUGCAGUAAUCUGAGUACCUGUGUGCUGGGCACAUACACACAGGACUUCAACAAGUUUCACACGUUCCCACAGACUGCAAUUGGGGUCGGAGCGCCUGGCAAGAAAAGGGUCAUGGCCAUCGGCUUGGAGAGAGACCACGGCCCUCACCUUGGCAUGCCCUGGGAUGCCUACUAAGCCCCUCCCUCAC